UUCAUUUUCUUAAUUCAACUCAAUUUCUUUUCUUUAUAUAAGUAAUGGACACUUCAAAUAGCUAUAAUUACAAAGUCAUAUAAGCAUCUUAUUUCUUUCUUAGUACCUUUUAUGUUUCAAAUAUUUGCACAAUAGUUUGAAGUCAAAGAAAUGUCAAGUUUUUAUGAAGUUUGUACUGAGGAACUUUUUCAUGUUCAUUCUGAUCCUGUUAUAUUGGAACUCAAUCAUUUGCAGAACCAACUCAAAGAGAAAGAUCGAGAACUUGGAGCAGCGCUAAGUGAAAUUAAAGCGCUGAAAGCAACUGAAGUCCUCAAAGACAAGGCUCUUGAAGAGCUCGGAAAUGAAUUUCAACGAUUGGAGGGAAAGCUGAAAAUAGUCGAAAAUCUUCUUGAACAAAAGAAUCUUGAUAUGAAACGACUGGUCAACGAGAAGAAAGAAGCAUUGGCUGCACAAUAUGCUGCUGAAGCAACUCUAAGAAGAGUAUACGCAGAUCAGAAAGACGAUGAUGCUCCUCCUCUCGAGUCCAUUAUUGCUCCACUCGAGGCGGAGAUUAAGAUGCACAAGAAUGAGAUCGCUGCAUUACAGGAGGAUACAAGGUCAUUGGAAAGACACACGAGGUCUAAAGAAGCCGCGUUGGUUGAAGCAGAAAGGAUUUUAAAAAGUGCUCUUGAAAGGGCACUAAUCGUCGAAGAGAUUCAGAAUCAGAACUUUGAGCUUAGAAGACAGAUCGAAAUCUUCCAGGAGGAAAACAAAAUACUUGAUAAGGCGAACCGUCAAAAGAUUCUUGAGGUGGAAAAGCUUAGCCAAACUAUUAGAGAACUUGAGGAGGCAAUUCUUGCUGGAGGAGCUGCAGCUAAUACACUUCGAGAUUACAAACGACAAGUUUCUGAAUUGCAAGAGGAAAAGAGGACAUUGGAAAGGGAACUAGCAAGAGUUAAGGUUUCAGCAAACCGAGUAGCAACUGUCGUGGCAAACGAGUGGAAAGAUGAGAAAGACAAAGUUAUGCCCGUAAAACAAUGGCUAGAAGAAAGAAAGUUGUUGCAGGCGGAGAUGCAACGACUGCGAAACAAGUUAAGCAUAUCAGAGAGAACGGCCAAGGCAGAAGCACAACUCAAGGAUAAGCUAAAACUGAGACUCAAAACACUCGAAGAAGGCCUGAAGCAAGCGUUCAACGUCUCUGCCAAUCCAAACAAAUCGACAAAACCUCAAAAGACUAAACACUAUCUUGGAAAUAACUUAGUGAAAAAGAGUUUAUGGACUUCUCGAAAUAAGAGCAUCGGCAGUGUUGGAAAGGAAAAUGAAGAAAUGAAGGAGAACUCUAUCGUGGAUAUAAACAGCAAAGAAAUCAUUGACGCGGAUAAGAUCAAGAACCGAGGAGGUGAUCAGGACGAAAAUAAGACUAAUGAAUGCAUCCAGAGCGAUAACGAUGAUAUAGUAUCUGGUUUUUUAUAUGACAGGCUACAGAAAGAAGUUAUCUGUUUAAGGAAACUUUGUGAGACAAAAGAGUUUGCUUUGAAUACUAAAGAUGAAGAAAUUAAGAUGCUAAUGAAGAAGAUUGAGAUGCUGUCGAAAGCUAUAGAAGUUGAAGCAAGAAAACGAAAAGUGAAGAAACAAGGGCAAUGAGAACAUGUUGAAGAUUCAUGUAAUGAAAAAUCCAGCACGCCUGGUGCACUAAGCUCCCACUAUGCGCGAGGUCUGGUGAAUCAUGAUGUUUGGCAGAAAAAGUGGAGCUACUAUCUUGGUUUGCAUCAGUCUGUUUCUUGAAUUUCUUGUAUAUAUACAAAGAGUGAAUAGUGAUUGAUCAAAUGAAUAAAGAUUCAAUUUUAUUUGUAUUGUGUAA